AUGGACAAGGCCAGGUCACGUUUCUAUUGGGAAGCUAACGGGCCGAAGCGUAAAUAUCACUGGGGGUGCUGCUCCACGAUGUGCAAGCCAAAGAGUCUAGGGGGACUCAGGAUUGUGGACACUAGGAUCAUGAAUGUGUGCCAAAUGGCUAAGUGGAUCUGGAGACUUUACGCUUGGGAGCAGGGUCUCUGGGCGAAUAUCGUUUGCAACAAAUAUCUCAAGGAUAAGGACCUGCUCACAGAUGCGCACAGGUCUGGAUCGCAAAUUCUAGAACGCUAUCCAAAGAUUAAGCACGUCCUUAGCUUGGGGGCUAAACACAAUGUGCGCAAUGUCCUGGUAGCUGAGAUUUUCCAGGACAACACUUUCAGGGUGACCUUCCGCCGUGAACUUGGCUUUGGGGAACGAGUUGAGUGGGACAAUUUGUCUCGCUUGGUGGAGGGUCUUACCCUUUCGGAGCCUCGGGACCUAAUUUCUUGGUCCUUGGAACCUUCUGGGAGUUUCUCGGUGCGUUCCUUGUAUAAGAGGAUGUGCCAGGGUAUCCCCCAUAAACACUUCGGAGUCCUGUGGGGGAUCAAUGCCCCACUCGAAGUGCGCAUCUUCCUCUGGCAACUGGCCGAGAAGAGGCUACAGUCCAAUGAAAACAUUCGGAAGCGUAGGGCCCUUCCAAUGGGUGUUGUCCCUUGUGUGGGGAGGUGGAAGACAACAUCCACAUUUUCUUCUGCGGCCCACUGA